UCUCCUUCGCUCCCCCUUCCACUUUCGCCUGAAGGCAUCUCCUUCGCGCCGGAAACCUCGCGAUAGAGUCAUGCUCUAAAUCCGUUACCAGAGAGCCCCUAGAUGCGAGCUUCGAUUGGUUCUGCCCUCCGCCUCUUUCGACUAUCCUCGCUUCAUCGAGUUCCGCCUUCAUCUUCUUUCUUCAAAUUCUUCUGUCCAGUAAGUGCUCCACAUCCCAUCCUUCUGCUUUGCAUGGACAAGGGGAACCCAGCCAAUUCCCAUCACUCGAAGCCCUUCUCCUCUUCAGCCACCUCCAGCAAAAGAAGCGGGAGAGGGCGGGGGAGGGAUUUCAGUAAGGGAGAUUCUGUCGGCGGUGAGGACCAUCGGAUUGAUGCCCUUGGUCGACUAAUGACUAGGAUUCUUCGUCAUAUGGCUGCUGAGGUGAACUUGGAAAUGAGAAGUGAUGGGUUUGUUCGUGUUGGCGACUUGUUGAAGCUGAAUCUAACUACGUAUGCUAAAGUGCCGCUAAGAGCACACACUAUUGAGGAUGUGAAGGAG